AAAUUAGUAUACACUUAUAAAUUUGUUUAAUUUAUCUUGUCUUGUAUAUCUUAUUUUUAAAAUUCAUUAAAAUAAUUUAAUAAAUUAAAUUAAAAAUGACAAUAUAUAUAGAAUAAAAUUAAUAGUUCAUUAAUGUCUAAGUUUUAGUUAUUUCCGGAACAAUCCACCUAGUUGCUACUUCUCUAAUGCCUAUCCAUGUUCAAAAAUGCGGCCUCCGCGGGCGUUUAAUCGGCGAAAAUACGUGAGGCGGAAGACCACCGCCGCGAGUUGGUGUUAAUCGAAGCACUAAUCGGAAUUUUUUUAAAAAAAUUAUCGUUUUAUAUGUUUUAUGUUCCAAAUCGCACAUAUUUCUUAGAUUUGUUCUAUUGUGAUAAGAAUCUUAUAAAUUAACAAGAGGGGAAUUAGGGGACAUAACCAUUACUGGAAAAAAAUUAGCCAUAUAACCAUUAUAAGGCAUACGCUAUGAUAUACUAUAUAUUUUCUACAAUAUAUACAAAAUGUCCUUAUCUCUUAUCACUUUGCACACGCGCCUCUUCUUCUUCUUCUUAUUUUCUGUUUUUUUUUUCUCAUCACAGAUAUCACAGAGGCCUUUGAUUUGGCAACAAACUUUACAAAGGAUCCCAAUUUUCUAUCAAAGGAAAUCAAGCUAGCUCCGAUCUUCAAUUCCAAUCGUUCUCAGAUGGAAACUCCCACACUCCCGAAGCUCAUCACUCCCUCGACCACCCGUAUCGGAUGGAUCGGCAUCGGAAUCAUGGGAUCCGCCAUGGUCUCCCACAUCCUCGCCGCCGGCUACUCCGUAACCAUCUACGCUCGCGACCUCAACAAGUCAACGCAUCUCCAAACCAAAGGCGCUCGCACCGCCAACACCCCGAGAGAGCUAGCCGAAACGAGCGACGUCGUUUUCACAAUGGUCGGAAACGCCAACGACGUCAGAUCGCUCCUCCUCGGCCCCGACGGCGUGCUCUCAAACCUCAGACCGGGAGGAGUAACCGUCGACAUGACUUCCAGCAAGCCUGCGCUUGCGCGUGAAGUUCACGCGGAAGCGAGGCGGAGAGACUGCUGGGCAGUUGACGCUCCCGUGUCGGGUGGCGACACGGGAGCUCGGGAGGGGACGUUGGCGAUUUUCGUGGGAGGGGAUUCGGAGAUCGUGGAGCUGUUGUGUCCGGUGAUGAAGAGUAUGGGGACGGUUAGGUAUAUGGGAGGAGCGGGGAGCGGGCAGAGCUGCAAGAUCGGGAACCAGAUCUGCGCGGGAAGCAACUUGGUGGGGCUCGCGGAAGGGAUGGUGUUCGCGGAGAAGGCGGGUUUGGAUGCGAAGAAAUGGCUUGAGGCGGUUAAGGACGGUGCGGCGGGGUCGGCGGUUAUGAGGCUUUUUGGGGAGAUGAUGGCGGAGAGGGAUUAUAGGGCGACGGGGUUUGCGGAGUAUAUUGUGAAAGAUUUGGGGAUGGCGGAGGAGGAUGAGGAGGGAGGUGGUGACGUGGCGGUGGCAAUGCCUGGGACUGCGCUGAGUAAGCAGUUGUUCUCUGGGAUGGUGGCGAAUGGAGAUGGGAAGUUGGGGAUUCAAGGGGUUGUUUCUGUUAUUAGGAGACUUAACGGCAUGUCUUGAUGAUAGUGUGUUCGUGUUAAUGGUUUCAUGAAACUUGUCUUGGGUUUGGUGUGUGUAGUGAAGUUGAUAAUAAUAGCAUC